AUGCGCCGUUCCCCCCCCUUUCCCCAGGUGCCCCCCUUCAAGAAGGUGCUGCUUGAGGCGCUGCCGUACGUGGACUACCUCUUCGGCAACGAGACCGAGGCCGCCACCUUUGCGGAGACCGAGGGCUGGGACACCCGGGAGGCGGGGGAGAUCGCGCUGCGGAUCUCCCGCCUGCCCAAGGCCAACGGCAGCCGCCCCCGCACCGUCGUCAUCACUCAGGGCAAGGACGCCACCGCCGUCGCCGUCGGCGGCCGCGUGCGCUACUUCCCCGUCAUCCCCGUGCCCCAGGAGCUGCUGGUUGACACCAACGGCGCUGGCGACGCGUUUGUGGGCGGCUUCCUCAGCCAGAUCGUGGCUGGCAAGUCUCUGGAGGAGGCGGUGCGGGCGGGCAACUACGCGGCAAACGUGAUCAUCCAGCGCAGCGGCUGCACGUUCCCCAGCAAGCCCGAGUUCGAGUGGGCCUAA